AUGGCGGAUGAUGCUGCCAGCAGUUCAUCGUCGCCUCGGUUAGCGAUUGAGCACGCUGAGGAUCAGCCACGACCGCCUUUGGCUUCCACGUUACCUGAGCCGCCCGCUUUGCAGAGAUAUUGCAGCCCUGCGAGACAACAUACACGAACGCCAAGCGCACACAGGGAAAUAAAAGAAACACUGGAUGCUCGCGUCGAAUUCGCCAGCGAUGAAGUCGAUGGGAGAACGUGUCACCGGAUUAAUCAGUACAUUAUUGUGGAGGAGAUUGGCAGAGGCUCGUACGGCGCUGUGCACCGUGCUACCGAUCAGUUUGGCAACGAGUUUGCCGUCAAGGAAUUUUCCAAGACGCGUCUGAGAAAGCGAGCCCAGUCUCAUAUAUUGCGACUGGGUCCUCAAGGCUUGCCCCGCCAACUUCUUCCCGGGCCGCGCAGAGCUGCAGGGCCAUUGUCGCCUCGGAUGACGGGCCUACGCGCGGGAGAGGAGAGUGACUCAUUGUUUCUCAUCAGGGAGGAGAUUGCCAUCAUGAAGAAGCUCAAUCAUCCAAACCUGGUUCAGCUUAUCGAGGUCCUUGACGACCCUGAAGAGGAUUCACUGUACAUGGUGAUGGAAAUGUGCAAGAACGGUGUUGUCAUGGCUGUUGGGCUGGAUGAGAAUGCCGACCCCUACGACGAUGAGCUGUGUCGCUGCUGGUUUCGAGACUUGCUGUUGGGCAUUGAAUAUUUACAUGCUCAAGGCGUCAUACAUCGAGACAUCAAACCUGAUAAUCUCCUUCUUUCCGACGACCAAGUCUUGAAGAUUGUAGACUUUGGAGUGUCUGAAAUGUUUGACAAGCCAGACAAUAUGAGAAUCUCCAAGUCUGCAGGUUCACCGGCGUUCAUGCCGCCAGAACUAUGUGGCAAGCACAAAGACGUCUCCGGUAAAGCCGCGGAUAUCUGGUCAAUGGGUGUGACGCUCUACUGCCUCAAGUAUGGUAAGAUACCGUUUAGUCGAUCCGGUGUGCUAGAGAUAUACGAGGCCAUUAAAACCGACGAUCCUCCCAUUCCUGAAAAUGAGGAUCCUGCAUUUGCGGACCUGAUGGGCAAGAUCCUUGAGAAAGAUCCCGAGAAGCGAAUCGCGAUGCCUGAACUACGGGAACAUUCCUGGGUCACCAAGGGAGGGGUCGACCCGUUGUUGUCCACGGAAGACAAUUGCGCAAACAUGGUUGAGCCUCCCAAUGAGCUCGAGUUGAGCCGUGCAUUCACCAGGAAGAUGAACCAUCUCGUCUCCAUGAUGAAGGUGAUUCAGAAGUUCAGGAUGCUGCUGGCCAAAAUCAGAACGAGACGGGGCGGUGUCGGCGCAGAGAGUUGUGCUGCGUCUGCGCAAAUUCCUGGGUCAGGGGCCGAGGGCCUUGACGCCGCGUUGGAGAAGACCAAGGCAGAGGAGAUACAAAACAUACUGGCUCGUCGCCGGCUUUUACUCGACCAACAAGACCGAGGCGCAAACAAGGGCCACGCACACGAGGUUGGCGAUCAAGAUCCUCUACUUCUCGGUAUUGGCACCGGGGCACGAGAUGCAUUCGCCAGGGAUGAGACUACUCCAGAUGUCGUUGCUGAAUCACCCACGGCGGUGGAUUACAAUGUAUACGAUCGUGCCUACGAGGAGGCUAUCAAACGUCGCCUCAGUGUCAAUCCAUCAAAGAGGCCGAUAAUGUACUUGACCAACUUUGUCAAGGAAACGGACUACUUUAUGAAGACGGGAGAUCUUGUCGACGGAACGGCGUUAUCGCCACCUCUUGCAAAAGCAGAGCCCAAGGAGGCCGCUCAAGUGCUCCGGGAUAACGCACCCUUCUUGCAGGGACCUCACUCGCCGUCUAGUCCGAGAACAGGCUUGACGGAGACUCUCCGUACAGCGGCCAUGAGAAGCAGCAUGUCGGCGGCUUCGCACGCAGGGUCUGGGACAUCGCUUUUGAAGUCGGAGUGGCGCGAGGCUGUAGGGACAGCAACGGCUAAUCUAUCUUGUUCGCCGAGCACCAAAUUGGCUCAUGUCGUCAACAAAAUGGCCGUCUGCACUCCGGGACUCGGGGAGGAAGUAAAGCUCGAGCCGCAACCCGAUGCAUGA